AUGCAUUCAAUUCAGGCGCAAGCUGCCUUAGCCGACCAGCACGGGCUAUUUCGAGCAGCAUCUGCCCUUGAUGUCACAUCAAGCCUUCUGAACUGCUCGCGAUGCUUGCCCGUCAAUUCCUUGCGGAAGGUUGCGAAUGCUGACAUCUUCCUUAGCCAUUCUUGGUCCUGUGCCAGCUGGAAGAAAGCCCUGGCAGUUUGUCACCAUCUGAACCUUGACUUGGCCAUUGCUUCGUCUUUGGUCGUGGCGGCCUUGUCAGCUACCUUCAUCCUCUUCUUACUACAAGCCGGGGACGCUGACCAACGCUUCAUUCCGCAGCCUGAAGACGUUUUGUUCGUGUGGUUGUUCUGCCUCCCGAUGGCUACAUUUCUCAUCGUGUAUCUUUUCGGGCACGUCUUUUCCAAGACCGGCAUUUGGUUUGAUCAAGUUUGCGUAGAGCAAGAUCAGCCUUCUGUGAAAGCUCAGACGCUUCAAGCUGUACCAGCUUUUGUGGCUCAGUCAGCUCAGAUGUUGGUGCUUUGGGAUGAAACGUACUGCCAAAGGUUGUGGUGCAACUACGAAUUAGCUGUUCGUGCUAAAACUGGACCAACACAUGCGAUGGUACUGGUGCCAAUUUGGAAGCCACUGUGGACGUUGUCUUGGUUUGGAAUCGGUUUCCUGCUUUCCUGCAUGGUGAUAGGAUACAAACCUCCCCCUUUCGAACUUGACUCAAGAAGAGCUCUUUUCAUCUCGAUGUUUGAAUUGGAGUCUUUACCUGCAUAUAUGUAUGUGGCUUCUGGAGUCCCCUUCUCAUGGUUUUGCUUGGAGAAGCUCAGACGCCACAGAUGGAUGCUGGAUGAGAUGGCAAGUUUCGACUUGAAGAAUGCGAGAUGCAGUGUGGAAAGUGACCGUCAGAUCAUUGAGGAACAUAUAUCAGAUCUCUUUGAUGAGGCUUUGGACCCCCCACUGAGCGUCGCUUUUGAUGCCGAUGAGUCUCGACCGCCGCCUUUGAUGGAUGAGAUGAGCUUGUGGCAUACUUUGAGGACGAACAUCCAGCAACCUAGCAGCGAGGUGGAUGAGAUGCAGGAUGCAGCCGUUCCUCUGGUGCAGACCAUUCGUGACAUCCGUCACGUCACUAGUUACCCCACGAGAGCAGAGGUCAUUGAUGAGUUCAACACCUAUGUGAGAGGUACGCUGCGUGAUUCUGUGGUCAUUGCCCUGGGUCAAGAGAAUGAGAUGUCUUUCAAGAUGUGCAUGGUUGCCGUGUUGCCUUUCAUAUUUAUGUCAUUGUUGAGUGUGCUAGGGUGCGAUGGUCAUCGAGAUUGCCGAGUAGCUGCCUCAGACAUGGGAUUCUCUUCAGUUCCCGCAUACCUGGUCUCAGAUGUUGCGCUCAACUUGCUUUUGGCCCCAUUGAAUUUGGCAACCAAUGUUCCGUUGGCGCUGCGCUGCAAUCAACUUGUCACUCGAUGUGCAGCGGAGCAUGGGUUCUUGCAGCUGCUGCUAGGAUCAAUCCUCACUGGGACUGCGCUAUGGAUGUCGGACUGUUUUCUGAUUGGUACUGCCGGCACCCUGCUCGUCAUCAUCGAGAAAUAUUCGCCCAUUUGGUUGGCAGCUUUUCUGGCUUGUCUCUUUAUUCAGCUCGCAGCAGUGUGCCUUUUGUUCUGCAAGAUCACCUUGCCACGUCCAAAUCUCGCUUGUUGCAGAAGCAUCGUCGUCACACCUGGGUCUGCUUGA